AUGCGCACGAUGUGCAUCGCAGUCAUUGAAUGUGACUCGCCAAUUGACCCUGUGCGGGAGCGCCUAGGAACAUACGGGGAUAUGUUCGAGCGGCUCCUGAACUCGGGGCUCAGGAGUUUGAAGUGGGAGAAUAAGGUCAAUCUGAAAGUGACCAAGACGAGCGUCGUGGAUAACCCUGUCUUUCCCAGCCCGGAGACAUAUGACGCUAUUCUAUUGACUGGAAGCAAAUGGGAUGCAUUUUCCGACUCUGGCUGGAUCAUCGAAUUGACGAAAUACGUGGCCAAGAUAUUUAAGGAGACCACCAAGCUGAUCCUGGGUAUUUGCUUUGGACACCAAAUUAUCGCGCGGGCGCUAGGUGCUUCUAUCGGACGGGGUAGUAAGGGGUGGGAGAUCGCCGUGGAACCGAUUGCAUUGAGUGAACCUGGAUGGUCGUUAUUCGGGAAGGAGACCUUGGCUCUGCACCAGAUGCACCGAGAUAUCGUGCACGAGGUACCGAUAGGGUGUGUUAAUAUCGGCUCAACACCUAAGUGCCAGGUACAAGGGAUAUAUAUGCCUCAGCGGAUCCUAACUGUGCAAGGCCAUCCAGAGCAUGAUGAAUUUGUAAUCAGGAGCAUGAUCAAUAUGCGACAUAGCCAGGGUAUCCUCGGAGAAGAUUUGGCGAAGAGUGGGCUAUCGCGUGCGGGAAAUGAACAUGAUGGAGUCGUGGUAGCACAGGCUAUUUGCAGGUUUGUUUACGAGAAAUUAUCUUCAUAG